AUGGCGCAGUGGGCAGCGACUUGGACAUGCAUGUGCGGGCAGCAGAACUGGCUGAAGGUCACACAUUGCAGCAAGUGCAAUAUGAAUUGGAAGGCCUCAUCUGGACAGGAGUCGAACGGCAAGCCAGACAGACGACGCCAGAGGUCCAACAGCCAGAAGAGCAUCGAUUCGAGGCCCUGGGGGGACGACGUGGAGGAGGAGAUAAAGGGGCCGCCCUUCGUCAGGAUGGCUAUUCCAGCGGAGGCGCAGGCCAAUCCCAAUUGCAAGCCGCUGUCCCCCAAGGCCGACGAGAGCGAGACGAAAACAUACUACAGAGAGACAAGGUCCAAGCUCAAUCUGCCCCAGCAGAGGUGCAAUAUCGCCUGGGCCAUGAAGGAACCAGUCCAGGACAUCGUCGAUCAGAUUGCAGUUCUACGCAGAAUGUUGAUCCCAGAGAAAUCAUUGGAGCAGCAGGGUGCGUGGACAGAGACUACCAUUGAGAGGAUGAUGCUACGAGUAGACGCCGGCAACAAAGCAGUGGAGAUCCAGCAGGGUAUCUUGGACAGAAAAGUAUCAAUGAGAGACAAUCUCCAGGAUCAAUUAGAG